AGUCCAGUUUCAACAACGUUACUGCGAACAAGCCCCAGACACGCACGAUGAUACUAUCAAUUUAACCGGCGGGUACCACGCGUUCAAAUAAAUAAAUAUAUAAAUAAUAAUAAACAUUUAUAUUUAUUUUUAAAUAUCAAAAUUUCAAGUACACCAUUUAAGUAUUUUUAAAUAAUCAAUUUACCAAAGAAUUAAAUAUUUAAAAAUUUUUUUUUUUUAAAUGUUAUUUUGAUAUUAAGUGUUAAAAUUAUUAUUUAUCUAUUUUUAGUUUUUUUUUUUAUGUGAUAAAUGAUUAGACCCGAGUAUCCGUAAAUAACUAAACACACGUCAUGAAGAAAAAUAUUUUUUUAAUAUUUUAUAUUUAUCAGUGAAAAGUGUUUUUUUUUUUUUUUUUUUGUUUUGAUGAUUUUAUUUAUUUAAUAAUUUGGAUAAAUUUUCAUUCAGUGAAUUGAUAAUAAUUAUUAUUUAAAAAACAAUUAGUCAUAUUGAGUUUUAAAUUAUUCUAAAAGAAAAAAAAAAUAACAAUAGUGAUAAUAAUAAAAAACAUAAUGAAUAGUAAUUUUAGAAAAAAAUAAUAAUAAUCUACUGUGUUUCUAAAAUAAAUUGACAAUUAUUAUUGUUAUUAUUUAUAUAAAAAAAAUAAUAAUUUAUUUAUUAACAACCUUGAGUUUAAUUUGACAUUGUGACUAGUGGUUUUUUUUUUUUUUUUUUAAUACUUAAAUAAUGUGAAUUUUCAAAAUGAGUCAGAGUAGGUCGAAUAGCGUGUGUUAGUUGUGUUUUACUGUGUCGUUGAGUCUAGUUUUAUUAUAAUGUGUUCAUGGAAGGCCUCAAGUUUCUUAUCGUUUCGUGAUAAAAAAUAAUAUCGAAUGCAGUAAAAUAAAAUUAAAAAAAAAAAGCAGCAACAGCAGCUAAAAAAUGAUAAAAACAAUAUGAAAAAGAAGAAAAAAAAAAUAAAUAUAAUUUUAUAAUAAUAAUAAUAAUAUAUUUAAAAAAAUAAAUAAUUAUUUUAUGAAAAAAAACCAAUGAGAAUGAUAGUGAGUGAAAAUAUAUUCUUGUGGUUGUUGUUGUUGAAUAUUGAAACACACCUGUUUGAAAUUUAAAAAAAUAAAAAAUAAAUAUACAUAGUGGUUACUAUCCAGGUGGCUGACAGAGGGUUGUAAAAGACCCCCGGUUAAACUUCCGGUUAUCAUUAUUAUUAUUAUUUAAAAAAAAUAUAUAUUUAUUUGUUGUAUAAUAAAAUUAAAGAUAGUUGCACUAAAUAUUGUUUUAAAUAUUAGUAAAUUAACGCCCACAUAUACAACAGAAGAUUGAAGAAUUAUUUAUUAUUUUUUUUUUUUUCUUAAAUGUUGAUGUAUUAAAUUACACCGGAUGUCAUUAAACAAUACUGAGAAUGCCAAAACACACUGAUAAUAUACAACAACACAAAAAAUAAUAUUAAUUAUAUACAAAAUAAUUAAUUUUAUAUUUAUUUAAAAUUAAUUUAUCAAUUGCUGCUGAUAGAAAUUAAAUUAUUAAAAAGUGUGUGUGUAUAGUUUUGUGGUCCAGCACAUAGGACGCAAAAAAAAAAAUACCGGAUAUACUUGCAGGUAUAUUUGAAGGUAUAUACAACUUCCGGUGUUGAAUGACGUGGGACACAAAAAAUAAAUUCAUCCCGGCCAAGUGUUCUUUUGUGACCAUGUGACCAUUGAAAAAGAAAAAAAAAAAAAACCUCAAAAAUAAAACUCGAAGUAUUUUGAAUUUUUUUUUUUUAUAAUAAAAGACAGUUUUUUUUUCAACACAGUGUGUUCUCAAACGAUAUAUAUUUUGUGUAGUUGAAUUAGUAUAAUAAAUUUAAAAAAAAAAAAUGGGAACUUUAAAUUCUGGUACUUCAUCAAUUGAGGGAUCAUCCCCUGGAGGUAGAAGAUUAUCAAGAAGUUUUCAUUCUUGUCUUCGUGGUGCUGAUGAACAAGAUUUGGAUACAUCGUAUGAGAAAGCAUGUAGAAGGGGCAGUGCACCAGCAACACCAGUUCUUGGAGCAAGGCCACUUGAUGUUACACCAAACAGAAUUGUUAAUUUUUUUUCAAAACGAUCAUUUCGUUCAAAUCCCUUGAAAAGAACCAAGAGUGUAACAAAACUUGAACGACAAAAACAACGUGGUAGUGGUGGUGGUUUACGAGGUUGUCGUUCACAUGAAUCAUUAUUGUGUGGUCAAGCUGUAACAGCAAUGGAUCUUGCUGCAGUUACACCAUUGCAUCCAAGUUUACUUGGACGACCUCAUUGUUUUCAAGUAACACCAAGUACUGGUGCACCAAAAUAUUUUAGCUGUAGAUCAGCACAUGAACGUGAUCAAUGGUUACACAGUUUACGUAAAUCAGUACAACCAGAUGCUGAACAAACACGUCGUACAGAUAAUUCAUUACAAAUAUGGUUACUUGAAGCAAAAGGUGUACCACCAAAAAAACGUUAUUAUUGUGAAGUAUGUCUUGAUAGUACACUUUAUGCACGUACAACAGCUAAACAAAAAACUGAAUUAUGUUUUUGGGGUGAACAUUUUGAUUUUCAUCAUUUACCAAUUGUUAAUAUAAUACAAGUAAAUUUAUAUCGUGAAGCUGAUCGUAAAAAAAAACGUGAUAAAAAUGUAUUAAUUGGUUCAGUAAGUAUACCAGUUAAAAAUGUAACAUCACGUUAUUUAACUGAAAAAUGGUAUCAAGUUAUUGGUGAAAAAGGUAUAUUAAAAGAUCAACCAGCAUUACGUGUUAAAUGUCGUUUUCAAUCAGUUGAUAUAUUACCAGUACAAAUAUAUACAGAAUUUUUAAAUUAUUUAAAAAAUGAUUAUUCCGUAUUAUGUGAAUGUCUUGAACCAAUGAUUGGUGUUAAAGCUAAAGAAGAUAUAUCAACAGCAUUAGUUGCUGUUAUGCAAUGUGAAAAAAAUGCAUCAAAAUUUUUAGCUGAUCUUGUUAUGAUGGAUAUACAUAGAAUUGAUGAUGAAAGAUUAACAUUUCGUGGUAAUUCAUUAGCAACAAAAGCUAUGGAAGCAUAUUUAAAAUUAACUGGUGAUCGUUAUUUACAAGAAACACUUGGUCCAGUUAUACGUGCUGCUGUUGAAGGUGGUGAUUGUGAAGUUGAUCCACUUAAAGUAUCAUCACCAGCAGCAUUACAUAAACAACAACAAAAUUUACGUUCAGCUGUUGAAUUUGCAUGGGGUAGAAUAUUAGCAAGUCAUUCAUUAUUUCCACUUGAAUUACGUGAAUGUUUUCGUAUAUUUCGUGAACGUUUAGCACAAUUAGGACGUGAUGAUAUUGCUGAUAAUUUAAUAUCAGCAUCAAUAUUUUUACGUUUUUUAUGUCCAGCAAUAUUAAGUCCAUCAUUAUUUAAUAUAACACAUGAAUAUCCAAAUGAAAAAGCUGCUAGAAAUUUAACACUUGUUGCUAAAAGUUUACAAACACUUGCUAAUUUUACACGUUUUCAAGGUAAAGAAAAUUUUAUGGAAUUUAUGAAUGAUUUAUUAGAACGUGAAGCUAAACCAAUGAAAAAUUUUUUACAAUUAAUUAGUACACCAUUAAAUAAUGAUUCAUCAAUUAAUAAUUCACUUGAAUUUGAUGGUUAUAUUGAUUUGGGUAAACAAUUAUCAUUAUUACAUGCAUUAUUAAGUGAAAGUUUAUCAACAACAAUGACAAAUACAUCAACAACAUCAUCAACAUCAUCAUCAUCAUCAACAUCAUCAUCAGCAUCAUCAACAACACAUCAAUCAUCAUCAUUAUUACCACCAAUUAAAUUAACUGAUAUACUUGAUAAAAUAACAAUUGCACUUGAUCAACCAGGACCAAGUCCAGUAACAACAACAACAACAUCAUCAUCAUCAUCAACAAUAACAUCAGCAACACGAAGAUAUCAACAUCAUGCACAUCAAAAUAAUAUUUUUCGUUAUAAUGAUCCAACAAUAAAUAAUAGUAAUACAAAUUUAUCAAUAUCAGCAACAUCAACAUUAAGUGGUCAUGAUACAAUUAAUAGUAAUCAUAAUAAUCCUUGUAUAUUACGUGAAAAUAGUGAUAGUGUAUUACAACAAACAAGUAGUAGUACACUUUAUAAUUCAACAACAAGUUUAACAAAAUCACCAAACGUAAAUGGUGUACGUUCAGCAACAUUACCAAGAAAUGCAUAUUUACCAACAACAAAUGGAAAAUUACAACUACAAAUAACAACAUCAUCAUCAACAAUAGCAACGAUACCAGCAACAACAGCAACAACAACUACAGCAACAACAAAUGAUGAUAAUUAUCAUCCAAUUGAAUCACCAGCAUUUGUAUCACGUUCACCAACACCAAUUUCACGUCAACAAAAUCGUUCAGCAUUGACUAACAAUCGUAAUAAUAAUAACAAUAAUAUUACAAAUAAUAACAAUAGUAAUACUUAUAAAUUAACAACAAGUGCAAGUUUAGCUAAUGUUAAUAAUUGUCGUGAACAAAAUUAUCAAACAACAAGUCCAUUACGUUCAGAAAGUCAUAGUAAUUUAAAAGAUUCAAAUUAUAAUAUUAAUAAAUUAAAUCAUUGUAAUAAUUAUGAUACAACAAUUAUUGGACAAAAUAAUCGUAAAUUAAUAAGUAAUAAUAAUCAUUUAAAUGAUGAUAAUUAUUUACCAACAACAAAUUUUAGUAUAAUACGUAGUGGUAGUAAAAAUCAUUGCAACAAAGAUGAUAAUUUAAAUCAGCACAAUUAUAAUAAUAAUAUAACAAAAACAACAGUUAAUGCUAAUCCAAUAAAUACAACAAAUUUAACAUUAUCAAUAAAUCAUCAUAAUCAACAAGGACAACAACAACAACAAAUAAAUAAUAAUUAUAAUAAUUUAAAAAUAAAUAGUAAUAAUAAUAAUACAACAACAACAACAAAUGGUAAUCUUGAUGAAAUAUCAGAUUUAUUAAGAUAUGCUGAUGAUGAAGUAUCUGAAAUAAAAUCACAAAAAGGUUCACAAAUAUCAAUAUCACAAUUAAGUAAUGUUGCAUCAUCUGGUUAUCAAAGUUUUGCAACAUAUAGCCAAAGUUCAAGUCCUGUUGAUUUAACAAAUAAUGGUAAUCAACAUAUUAUUAAUACAGCACCACUUGCAUUUGCAAAUCCAGUAUAUCAUAUGGAUAAUAAUAACAACAAUAAUAAUAAUAUUAAUAACAACAAUAAUAGCAACAAUAAUAACAAUAGUAAUGGUGUUAUUAGUGGUAGACGUGGUAGUACAAGCUCAGAUGAAAAUCGUGAUGUUAAUAAUACUAUUGGAGGUGGUGGUAUUGAAGUUAUAAGAGGUGUUGAUCUUAGUCCAUCACCAACAUCAAUACAAAAUAAUAUUAGAAAUAAUAAUAAUAAUAAUAAUAAUAAUCAACGUAAUGGUGGACAAAAUCAAUGGAGACAACAACAAAAUUUAACAGAUCAACAGCAGCAACAGCAGCAACAACAACAACAACAGCAAAGAAUAAUUAAUGAACAAAAUCAAAAUUCAACAUUUACUAAAUUACGAAGAAGAUUGUCACUUGAUUCAACAAGAGAUUUAUCUGAUACAAGUGAUGAUGAAUCAUGUACAACAAGAAGAAAUAAAUCACGUAAUCAUCGAACAAUUGAUCAGUAUGAAGUCGAAAUCGAAAGAUUACAAAAUAGUGUGGAUAGACUACGUGCACGUUUGGGUGCACCAGAUGAUGGAGAUAUUAAUGGAAAUGCACCAGAUACUAAAAUGAAGAAUAUAAUCACCAGGUUGAUAUCUGUGGAGGAGGAAUUGCGAAGAGAACAACAAAAAAUGUCGGCAGCAUUGUCGUACAAACAGCGCGUGAUAGAUGCACAGGAACAACAGAUUGCAGCAUUGGAUGCUGCAAAUACACGUCUAAUGUCAUCAAACACAAGACUAUUGUCUGCUUUGAGCAUACUAAAGCAACAGUACACCACACAGCCAAAUAAUAACAAUGAUUCUUCUACAUUGUUACAAAAUAUUGCUGAUAUUGGUGAACUUAAAAGUUCAUCCUGUUAAAAAAUUAUUAAAAAAUAAUUUUAAAUAACACUUAAUUUUCUUAUUUUUUAAUAUUUUUCAUUAUUUUAAUUAAUUAUUUAUGUGUAUAAAUAUUGUAUUAAUUAGUUUAAGAUUUAAUUCUCUCAAAUAUCAUGACAAAAUGAAUUUUAAAAAUUGAAAAAACAAAAAAAAACACCUGUAUGUAGAUAUUUUUUAGAAUAUAAUAUUAUCAUUUUGAAAAUAAGAAAAAACAUAAAACAUGCGCUCAAAGUUUUCACGAGAUACAGAGGCUAUUUAGAAUUUAUAAAAUUGAUAAAUAAAAUUAGUAUAUGAAUUAUUAAUUGGCUAGGUAAUUUGAUAAUGAAACAAUUGAAUGAAAAAAGUAAAAAAUAAUUUACUAAUGUAUUAUAUUUCUGCUGCCCAUGAUGAAUAAUGUAUUUAAAUAUAAAAAAAAAUAAUUGUCAAUGUUAAUUCACAAACACAUGUAUUUUAAAAAUGCAUUAAGAUAUAUUCAUAUACACAAAUUACACCAUUACAUUAUUGCAACAUAACAUUUAAUAUGUUUUUUAAAUAAUUAUUAAUAUCAUCGAUUGAAUUGAUGUCAGGUGAAUUUAAAUAAAUGUUAAAUCUAAAACUGAUUGCAAAUCGAGAAUAACAAAAAGAUAACGAAACAAAAAAAAUACAAACAAUCUUUAUAAUGAUAUUUAUUUAGCAAUUGCAACCAAAGAUAAAUAUUUUACAUUGUAUAAAUAUAAAAAAAAAGAA